AUGGUGAAAGGAUGCUACUUUUUGCCGAUUAUAACCGACUGUUUCUCACCAAAAUAUGCUUUCAGCAUCGUCAAAGACAUCUGUCAACCUGGUAUUCAAAUGGAGACACUCGCGAGUACUGAUGUGAGCAAAAUUGUAGCAGGUGACGAAGAUGCCGUUUUAGACGUCAUCUGGAAAUUAUUUCUUCUGUCAGAGGGCAAGCAAUCGAAAAGUUCUCAGGUUGAGAACGAAAUCCAUGAAGUUAAGGCUAGUCUCGUAGCCUGGUGCAACCAACAGGCUUCAGCAGCUUUGCUCCAGGAGAGUCGGGAUUUCAGCAGCUCAUGGUGGAAUAUUUGGAUCUUUUCUCGUCUUGCCGAGGCUCUCUUCCAGAAACCAGUCGAUGUUCAGACCCCCGGGGAUACGGAUCGCCUAAGCUCUGCAUUAUCUUCAUUUGAAAUCAAUUUUGGCCUCCCUCAGGCGAUAAGCGUGGAAGAUAUCUGCACAGGACACUGUGACGAACGUGCACUGAUUCUCUACCUUGCCUGUCUUCGCGACGCUGUUUCUCGGCACCGCACUUUGACUCGAGUGAAGAGGCGUCUGGAGGCCCUAGUUGCCUGUGCGGAACUGUGCAAGGAGUACCGAGAGGGCAGUCGGCGUUUUGAGGAUUGGAUUAAAAAAGAGAUCAACCGGCUGACACCCAAUCCGCCACCCGACAUUCAAACACUGAUAUCUGCCAGGGCUGAACUUCGGCGACUGCAGGACUUUCAGUUAGAAGAAAAGCCCAUCAGGGAACAGGAAGUGAGACGGCUGUUGGAGCUGCUGUGUCUACUGUCUGCCAAGACCGACGGAGAGGGUGAAUGUUUCCUGACUGAUUAUGAUCGGUCCUUUCCUGCACGCAGUGAAGAGGCCCUUCGGCAGUUGGAGAACGCCCUGUCACACCGAAAAGUCUGCUUGUUAGAGUUCUUGAAACGAUUCGAUGGGGUACAAGCUGAAAUCGAGGGACUCAAACGGCGUACUAUCUGCCUCACGAGUUGGUUAGAGAAGAUGCAGGGCACUGUCAACCAUCUCUGUGAAACAAAGAGCGUUUCAAAUGUUAUUUUUUUUAAUAACCUCAGGAACCAGUUCGAAUACCAUUGCUUCUUUGUCUUUCUCUACACCCAGAACCGCACUGAGGCGGGAAAGUUUACCGACCUGACCCGAGCUUAUGAACGUUUGCGGACGCUGUCGCCAAAUUCUACGGAACUCGACAACGUAAUGAGGAGUAUCGCUCUUCUGCAUACACGCUGGCAUAAGUUACGUGGGGAAGCUCUCCAGCGCCUUGAAGAGGCAAACAGCUGCCGAUUGAGUUUCGCCCUGCAGCUGUCCAGGAACGAUUGA